AUGGAGAAUCCUGAUGAAGUUAUGGACCUUGAGUCCCAACAAACACUUCCACCUGAUGCUGAUGAUAACUAUAUAACAGGAUCUCAUGCUGCUUCCCCAGAAUACGGGUGCUCGAGUCUGACUCACCCGCGACCUCGCCGUCCCAAAGCACCGGUUGAGAGGGCAAAGGAGAUUGUUGUGGCGACUGCCCCAAGAGUGCAAAACAAAAAUGAAUGGGUGUGUGUUAGGGAUGGCAAAAAUCCUUGCGGGAGCGGGUCCCCGACCCUAAUAGGGGAAGAUUUCGGGGCCAAAUGA